UGUACCUGAAAUUAUGGCCUAACCCUAACCUGGUACACAUACUACGUUCCGGUGUCCGCCAUCUUGGUUCACAUACUUUGGGAGUACCAUAUUUCCUAGCUAUAGAGGUGUUAUUUUAUAAAUUUGCCUCAGAAAGCUUUGUCUACUAAAUAAUAAUUAAUGAAGGUAUAUUUUAUACUGUAAUAUCCCAUUUGUCUUCAAAUAGAUCAAUAUUCCAAAUUUAUGCAAAAAUAUUAGUCCACAAUUUUGUGCAGCAAUUUAGCUUAAGAAUAGACUUUGAGGUACUCUCGUAGUAUGUGUACCAGGUUAGGGCAUAAUUUUAUUUUGAUUUUUCUUAUUUUAGUUCUAUUACGAGUUCGGACACUGUCUGUGUUAACCAAGUGAAUAUACCCCCUGCCCAUAGGUUUCAGUCCCUUUACACAACUUGAUGUAAAGAAAUUAGUUCCCUUCAUAUUGGCAAACAUACUUCUGUGCCGACUUUGAUAUGAUAUACCGUUUUCUUAAUCGUAUUGACGAUAAACACUUAAGUUUCACAUCAAUGGGUAUUUAUGGUUAGUGAGAACUGUUUGUGGAGAUUGCCAUGGAAACUAAAUAUAAAUUUGAACAAUGGCAGAAAGAGAGUUUCAGUUGGAUAUCGGUGCCAUAUUUGGUUUUUCUAAAUCCAAAAAUCUAAAAACACAAGUAUAUAAUAUACUCAUAUACCUAUAAGUUUAUUUUAACUCCAUAAUCAGCAUAACAGGUGAUGAAAUGAUGAUAAAAACGAAUAAAUAAAAAUUUAUUUUGAAAUCAGGAAAGCAAACAAAACCUUAGAUAAAGAUGAAAUGUUUCUAGCUGCAUGGUGCUAGGAUAGGAUUGACCUAUUUAUCCCGGUUGAAGAGGUAGGACAAUAAGACAACCUCGGCCUCUCGUUCGGUUACCAUUCCAUGUCGGGUAUGGAAUUAGUUAGCUAGUUAUUAUUUUCUCGGGAGCAUGGACUUGAUGGUAGAGGAAGCCGUAACCGACCAGCGGUUACGUAAACCACCCCACGACGGCGAAGAGUCCAGCAAUCCUGUCGCACGUAAUAAACCCUGCAUGGGAUUCGAACUUGCGAACCUACACAGGAUAAUUAGAGGUGCGGUGGCGAGCGUAUCCGAGCUAAGUUAUGCAGCAAUGUUCGGAUUUAGCACAUGUAAUUUGAUGCAUGCUGGAAAUGUUUUUCUGUUUUAAUGUUUAUCAAUCAAAGAAAUUCCAUUGUUAUAAAUUUAUGAAAUGUUUUAAAUUGUUUGCUGCAAAACAACAAUCUAUUAUUUUAUUGGGGUCUGGUGUAGUUUAGUACCAUAGGUACUUUUAGUCGGUCUGGCUCAACAAUUUUUGCAUAUGUCAUUUUGCACAUUCCUAACCCUCCACACCUGAUUACGUUAUCUAAAAAUGGGUUCUCCCGUAGUAUGUGUACCAGGUUAGGGUUAGGCCAUGAUUUUAUUUUGAUUUUCCUUAUUUUAGUUUCAUUACGAGUUCGGGGACUGUCUGUGUUAGCUAAAUAAAUAGACUCCCUGCCCAGAGGCCCUUAAACUUGAUGUAAAGUGGGCGAACAAAAUUAGUUAUCUCCAUAUUGGUACACAUACUUCUGGAGCGCCCAAUAAUGACGCCACGUAAUAGGGCCCGCCAAAGUAUACGGGUGGUCGUCUAAAAUGCGCAGACGAUCACCCAAAAUCGAGCAAACUUAUUAUGCAAAAUCAUUAUGCUACGCCCAUUGGGAGUCUUGUUGUACUAAACUACGGCCCUUUUAUUGCUAUUUGUUACAAUUUACAGUAUUUACCAGGUAAAAAAUAGAUAUGGUUCUGUUGUAAAAUACAGUUUACAUUUCACAUCUUCAAAAUGGGGGAAGAAAAAUUCUUACUCCCGAAGGAGUUCAAUUUUGAUGUCACAAAGCCCAGAUGGGACCAGGGCACAUUUUUUGGGAGAUUACGACAUUUUGCGAGUAUUACUGAUCCCCGUCUUGCAAUUGCGAGUCAAAAAGAACUAGAGGCUGCUCGCAAUCUUGUAAAUGAUUUUAAACGUGGAAUGAUGCCUCAUGGAACUACUGUUGAGCAGAUUUGGAAAGCGAGACAUCUAGAGCAAUCAGCGUUUCAUCCAGAUUCUGGGGAAUUAAUGAAUACUUUUGGCAGAAUGUCAUUUCAAGUACCAGGCGGAAUGGCCAUUACAGGUCUUCUGCUUCAAUUUUACAAGACCCCGUUCCAAGUGGCGUCUAUGCAAUGGAUGAAUCAGUCCUUCAAUGCUUUGGUGAAUUAUACGAACAGAAACGCCGCCUCAACGAUCACUAAAAAGCAGAUGUUCUUUGCGUAUCUUACAGCGACUGUUACUGGAAUGGGAGUCGCUGUUGGGCUGAAUAGAUCUGCAGCUCUGGCUACACCAAUUCUAGCAAGAUGGGUUCCGUUUGCGGCGGUAGCGUCAGCAAACGCAGUCAAUAUCCCACUUUCUCGUCAAUCAGAAAUAAUUUCGGGGGUUGUAAUCACGGAUGAAAAUGACAAACCAGUCGGGAAUUCAAAAAAAUGUGCAAUCAAGGGAAUUACGCAAGUUGUAACGUCACGAAUCGUUAUGGCGGCCCCAGGAAUGCUUUUACUUCCGCUCAUAGUCGAGAGAAUAAAGCACACCAAGUUUUGGAGAAAUUACAAAUGGGCGCAUCUCCCAUUUCAAGUAAUUGGAGUAGGAGGCUUCUUAUUAUUCAUGGUCCCCAUAGCAUGUUCUCUCUUCCCACAAAAGUGCAAAUAUAAAUUCUCAAAGCUGGAACCUGAAGUCCAAGAAUCUAUUCGAGCUAAGUUAGGAAAAGAAUUGGAUUAUGUUUACUUUAAUAAAGGCUUAUAAUUGCCCCCGAAUAUUGUUUUUAUAUCUAAUUCAAUGAAAAGAGUCGUUUGAUAAUUUUGCCAGGCAGGUAUGCUGAUAAAAAAGGGUUAGACUGUGCAUACUUCAAAUGUUUAUGGUAGUCCAUCCCAUAUUUAUUCUAAAUUUAUGGGUUUAUAUGUCCAAAAAUCACUUUUAGAUAUUUCUAAUUCGAUAAAAAGAGAUGUUAUUUUAUAAUCUUGCCUUAGAAAGAGGCUUUGUUUAUGUCUACUAAUCGACAAAUGUUUACUGUGUGGCACUCCAUAUCAUCCAGGUUUUCAUCAAAUUUUAGUAGCCAAAUUCGAUUUUGUAUUUUCCCUUUCAAACUUAUUAAUUUUUAAUGCAAUGAAAAAACUUGUUUUCUGAUUCCAUUGACAUUAACUGCUUCAAGUCUCGCCUGAAUCGGUAUAUACUGGUAAUCUCGCUCUAUAAUGGAUGUUUCUCCGACCUUUGACCCCAAGUCUCGCCUGAAUCGGUAUAUACUGGCAAUCUCGCUGUAUAAUGGAUGUUUCUCUGACCUUUGACCCCAAAAAAAUUCUUCCUGUACUUCCUGUACCAAAAUUUUUUAUAUUUAUUUCUGUGAGUGUUUUGGAGAGUUGAACUUUACAAAAUGGUUUGCGUUUUCCGAACCAUCAUUUUCAAUAAAAUAUACAACCACACGUAGCUUAAUAAAGGCACCAAUAGCUAAUUUUAGCCUAGUCUAUCGCAGCUUUUGUGAGACUAAUUUUUUAUUAUUGCGACCAUGGUUCAUCUUAAAAUAUAAAUCUUAAUUAAGAUACUUUAUUUAUACCUAUUUUUUGGGAAUAAAUCUGAAAACUGACAAAUAACACGCAAAACUGCGAAAACGAGGCAAUUUUAACAACCACGUUUAAUAUCUGUCUUAGCCAACGAAAUCUCUGAGCGGCUGCAAAAAUUACAAUUGUUACGUCAAUUUUUGCUGAUUGUCUUCGUUACGGUAAUAAACAAGGAAAUCGAUGCUCGGGGAAACAUCCAUUCUUUACAGUCACAGUAUCUAUUGACGUAUUC